CAUGUUUGUGCAGGUUUAUUUUCGCAUUUCAUUAAGAAUCAGGUUAUGUUGUGUGCAGAGUACUGACUUUGUGGGGAAGGAGCUGUCUUUGGCUUCAAGGAGUUCAUAGUGGGUUAAAUGUGUGUGAGGAAAGCCAGAGUCCCUGUGAACACACACAGACUCAUUCUUAAUGGAGGUGGGUAAUUGUCUUCUUUGUGUGGACAUACUGUGUGCAGGGUUAAAACUUGCUGUGCACAGCUCUUGGGCCCGGGCCUCUUGUGUGUGUAUGUGUGGUCAUUACCUGUCUUUGACCAGGUAUCCCUGUACCCAUAUGACUGUGUGUAGAACAGCAGGUACACAUAUCAGUGUCCUCAAGGGAUGCGUUCUGUGGCCUUCUUAAGUGCACCCCACACACCCCACCUCACCUUGGCCUGGCCCUCCUUUGAUUACUCCCUACUACUGGGGUAUGUGCUUGGGAGAAAACGGGCAGUUGGCUCCAGGAUGUACCGUGUAUCUGAGAAGACACUGACCCUUGCUCUCUCCCCAGGAAGCUACAUAUGCCCAGCUGGGGCACAACCCCAGCUGAUGCCCCAAAGAAGCCACACAUCUCACGAGAGGCUUUGGGCCCUGCCCUCCCUCCCCAUGGCCCAUGAGUCAGAACUUGAUCUUGAGGGAUUGCUGGACCUCAGCUUCCUGACAGAGGAGGAGCAGGAGGCCAUCGCUGAUGUCCUCACACGGGAUGCCCGCCUGCGCCAACUGGAGGAAGGGCGGGUCAGCAAGCUCCGAGCCUCCCUGGCAGACCCGGGGCAGCUGAAGACCCUGACGGGGGACUGGUUCCAAGAAGCACGCUCCCAGCGGCAUCAUCAUGCCCAUUUUGGGUCUGACCUUGUCAGAGCUUCUAUCCGAAGGAAGAAGAGCUCCAGGGGGGACCAGGCUCUGGGAAGUGAUGGUGAGGCAGAGGCUGCUGGGAAAGACACCACUGAAGAAGAGCCAGAGCCCAGGGUCUCCAUAGAGAUGGCUGUUCCAGAGAGGUACAGUAAGACCCAAGGACCUGAUUUCCCCUCAGCCUAUGUAGCCUCAGUGGCUUCAGGUCAUGAGGAUGAGCCCCAGGCCGGGGAAGACCCUGGCCCAGGGGGUGUGCAGGUGGCAGAGACCGACACAGCGCUGGAUCCUGAGCAGAGGGCGGAGCAGGAGCCCGGGCCCUCGGCAGCCCAGAUCCAGGCGACCUCCGAGAUCCAGGAGAAUGGGGAAGAGGCCCCGGGGCUCGGCCCUUCCCUCGACCGCAUGCUCAGCAGCAGCUCCUCUGUGUCCAGCCUCAACUCCUCCACGCACCAGGCCUCCACGCCGGGUGUGUUCUGGAUGGUGGUGGGGGAUGUCCCCAAAAUUGGACGAAGGCUCUGGAAGGGCCCCCCUCCUUACCUCCAGCCUUCAUCUCUCUCGCCCAGCUACGUGAAAACCUACCUCCUCCCGGAUAAGCAGAAUAAGCGCAAGACAUCGGUGAAGAAACGGAAUCUGAACCCGAUCUUCAACGAGACUCUGCGGCACUCUGUACAGCAGGCUGAUCUCCCAGGCCGGGUGCUGAACCUGUCCGUGUGGCACCGGGAAAGUCUGGGUCGGAACAUCUUUCUGGGAGAGGUCGAAGUACCCCUAGACACAUGGAACUGGGACUCUGAGGCUACCUGGCUCCCCCUGCAGCCCCGGGUCCCCCCGUCUCCAGAUGAACUCCCCAGCCGAGGAUUCCUCUCUCUGUCCCUCAAGUAUGUCCCUGCUGGCUCAGAGGGAGGAGGACAGCCUCUGAGUGGGGAGCUUCACUUCUGGGUAAAGGAAGCUCAGAGCCUUGUGCCACUGCGGCCAGGAUCGCUGGACACUUACAUACAAUGCUCAGUGCUACCUGAUGACAGUCGAGCCAGUCGCCAGCGUACAAGAGUGAUUCGAAGAAGCCUCAGCCCCGUGUUCAACCACACCAUGGUUUAUGAUGGCUUUGGGCCUGCCGACCUACGCCAAGCCUGUGCUGAGCUCUCCCUGUGGGACCACGGGACCCUGGCUAGUCGCCAGCUGGGGGGCACACGCCUCAGCCUUGGUACAGGCAGCAGCUAUGGCCUCCAAGUGCCCUGGAUGGAUUCCACACCUGAGGAGAAGCAGCUGUGGCAGACACUUCUAGAGCGGCCAUGUGAGUGGGUGGAUGGCCUUCUGCCCCUCAGAACCAACCUGGUCCCCAGGGCAUAGCCCUGUCAAACCCCUUUGUGUACCCCCACACAAAGCACAGCCGUGGCUGGAGUCAAUAAAGUCUGUU